AUGAGAUUCGGAACGUCACACAACCCUUACACUACGGAGCAUUUUCAGAAUGAAGGAUAUAGAUUAUCUCGCCUCUACAUAAUCGUUCUUAUCCUAAUUCCUGAAUCGGUUACUACAUUUUCCGAGUAUUGUUUUCCAGGUUACUACAUUUUCCAAGUUAUAUAUGACAACGGAAACUCGUCAGAUAUCUUUCCCGAUUUAGCUGUCUACGAUAUGGAAGUUCCUCUCUCUGAAAUCAGUUCCUCAAUUGCAAAAGGACUCUCGUUGGAGUUGGAAGAGUCAAAGCCUGCUUCAACAGAACCAGUGGCUUUGAAUGAGCUUAGCGAGCAUCUCCGAUCAGAGGUUGGUUACAAUAACAUCCCGCCAAGAAUGCCUGCUUCAAUAAAACCAAACGUUUUGAAUGAGCUUACCGAUCUUCUCCGAAUAGAGAUUGCGAUGAAUGUGUACACGGAGGUUAUGACGUUUACAUGA